GGGGGCCGGCGUGCUGAAUCCGUGUCCAUCUGCCCUGCAGACCCCGCCGCCGGGGAGGUCCUUUGCCUGGCUCGGCGUGGAGGGCGGCCCGGUGCUGGAGGCACCGAGCGGCGCCUCUCGGCGGUUUGCGUUCGAUGGCGCUGGGGCCCAUCUCCCUGUCCGCCCCCCUCCCUCCCUUAGGCCUGCGCUGAGGCAGGCAGGGCGCGGGCUCGGGGGGGUCCGCGGGGGUCUUGUUGGGGGUUACGACCCGUGGUGAGGGAGGGGGAAGCUGUAGGCUGCCGUCAGACCCUGGAAGAAGCCUCUCUGUCACUUUGUCUCCUUUCCGGGACGGGCUGGGCUACCCUCCUGGGUCGCGUUGGAGUAGGAAGGAGCUUGGACAUACAGAAGCAGGACGGGGUGGUCUCGGGGUCGCUUGGGUUUGACCAGGAGCCCAGUCUUCAUAGGAUGCGGUCAGCAUUGCUCAGAUGGCUCCCGCAAAGAAGGGUGGCGAGAAGAAGAAGGGACGCUCUGCCAUCAAUGAGGUUGUAACUAGAGAAUAUACCAUCAACAUUCACAAGCGGAUCCAUGGCGUGGGCUUCAAGAAACGAGCACCACGUGCUCUCAAGGAGAUCCGCAAAUUUGCGAUGAAGGAAAUGGGUACUCCUGAUGUUCGCAUUGACACCAGAUUGAACAAAGCAGUCUGGGCUAAAGGAAUAAGGAAUGUUCCUUACCGUAUCCGUGUGCGUUUGUCGAGAAAGCGCAAUGAGGAUGAAGAUUCACCGAACAAGCUAUACACACUGGUUACCUAUGUACCAGUCACAACAUUCAAAGGUCUACAGACAGUCAAUGUGGAUGAAAAUUAAACUGAUUUUCAUUACAAUAAAAGGAUAAAAAGAAAGUUUA